AUGGUUUUCGGCUUGGACAGACUGGAACCUUUUUACUGGAAAAACCCAACGGAUUAUCGAACACUUUACGACAUGCAAAUAGUUGGAUAUGUGGAUUUGGCAUUUUGCGUGAUAACAGUAAUCUCAAACGCAGUAAUAGUAGCAAUAUUCACGAAAAAACACUUAACUUCAUCAGCUAAUUCCAUAUUCACUCACAUGGCUGUAACCGAAUCAAUUGCAGAAAUUAGCUACUUGCCUCGAGUAUGGCACGAGUUUUUCCGAGGGACAUACUGCGCGAUCCCUCAACACAGAACGUACCAUUGGGAACUGAGUUCCUUCUGUUCUUACGUGAUUUACAUUAUGUUUCGAAACACGGGGGUUUGGUUGGCUGGCAUGUUGGCUGUAUGGCGUUAUAUCGCAGUAUUGCAUCCAUUAUGUGAACGAGACUGGUGCAAUAUGCAAAUCACAAGGAAAUUCAUCAUUGCUGGAUACGUGUUUGGCUUGCUGACUGUAGUAUCGUUGCCAAUAGGUUUAGAAGUGCAGCCAACUGUGAGAUAUCUCGAUGCAGAAGGAUGUAUGAGAUGGGAUGGCACGAAUGGCACAAACACGACCAUUUACGAGUUGCAGAUUCCGCUUGAGAAUAAUCCCAUACUUUACAGUGCUGUUGCGGCUUAUCUCAGUGUUAUGAAAACAUUGCCGUCCGUUGUUAUGGCAAUCAUCAGUUGCAGGUAA